AGCAGCCAUAUGAGAAAUUAGCCUCUGUAUUCACCGGGGUCCUCCCACCCCUCUGUCUUGUUCUCUAAUCCGCCCACAUGUAUCGUCUGAGGAAAAAAAAUAGUGCAGAAGGUGACGCUCCUCCAAAGGAACAGAGAGAGGCACAGAGAGGGAAAGGCAAAGAGAGAGGUGUCUGCAGGCUGCAUCUCCAUUGAAACAUUUGGAAAGGGGAGACAGAGGAAGGAGCUGAAUGGUAGCUACACCCUGGAAGCGUAGAGACACUGUAACAAAGGCUGGCAAUUAUUUUUGGCAAUAACAAAGAGGUGGGAGAGGGGCUCUGAAAUCGAGGGAAAUAGCAGGGGGGAAAAAAAAAGCCAGUUUUCAGAGGGACUUCUGCUUCAUUUCAUCCGAAAGACUCAUCCCCUGCCAUCAUCAGCAUGACCAUAAGCUUUAAGUAACAUUCGGCAAUAACGGUGUCAAAACGAGAUUUUCAGCAACAGACGCGCGCAAUCCUAUUUUGAUUUGUUUAAAAUCGGGGGUGAAAAAGAUCAUCUGAAUGCCUGCGAGAAACUGGAUACUCUCUGAAAUCAUAAGAAAGAGCGAUCUAACAAAGAAAACUACAUUUUGAUUGAUCUUAAAGCUUGAUGUGCGUGUUUCCGCACGCACUCGAAACGAACCUGAACCAAACGCAAACUCCUCAGACUCCUCCCUCCUCCUCCCUUCGGUUUCUCUCAUCCUCUCCCUCCCUCCCCCCGGUCCUCUAUGCUCAGUUCGGUGUGUGUAUCCUCUUUCAAAGGGCGCAAGGGUGGGAACAAGUCGUCCAACAAAGCAUGUUACAGCGCAGACAUGACUUGUCCGUCGGAAAGCGAGAAAAUCGUGAUAAACUGCGGGGGGGUGCGGCAUGAGACCUACCGGAGCACCCUUAAAACGUUGCCCGGUACCCGCUUGUCGUGGCUUACCGAGCCGGACGCGUUCAGCAACUUCGACUACGACCCCAAAUUAGACGAGUUCUUCUUCGACCGCCACCCGUCAGUGUUUUCCUUCAUCCUCAACUAUUACCGCACCGGGAAGUUGCACUGUCCCAACGAUGUGUGCGGCCCCCUGUUCGAAGAAGAGCUGGCCUUUUGGGGCAUCGAUGAGACGGACGUGGAGGCGUGUUGCUGGAUGAAUUACCGGCAGCACCGGGAUGCGGAGGAGGCGCUGGACAGCUUCGAGACUCCAGAACCGGACGCGCCGGACGACGACCCGGCGCUGGGCGGCGCGGAUGGGGACUUGAAAAGACUGUGCAUGCAGGAGGACGCGAGGAAAGCUGGCUGGUGGAAAACCUGGCAGCCCAAAAUAUGGGCACUAUUUGAAGAUCCGUAUUCCUCCAAAUAUGCCCGGUAUGUGGCAUUUGGCUCCCUAUUCUUCAUCCUCAUCUCCAUCUCCACUUUCUGCAUGGAGACGCACGAGGCCUUCAACACCAUCAUCAACAAGACAGAGAUCGUCACGGUGGACAACACUACCCAUGAAGAGAUUGUGUACGAGGUGGUGACUGACAGCUGGUUGACGUACGUGGAGGGCGUGUGUGUCAUUUGGUUCACCAUUGAGGUCCUGCUGCGAGUCACCUUCUGCCCUGACAAGUUGGAAUUCUUCAAAAGCACCCUCAACAUCAUUGACUUUGUCGCUAUCCUGCCCUUCUAUCUGGAGGUUGGCCUGAGCGGUCUCUCCUCCAAAGCUGCCAAGGAUGUUCUGGGGUUCCUGCGUGUUGUCCGAUUUGUCCGUAUCCUUCGAAUCUUCAAGCUGACCCGCCACUUUGUGGGUCUCCGUGUCCUCGGCCACACUCUUCGUGCCAGCACCAAUGAAUUCCUCCUGCUCAUAAUCUUCUUGGCCCUUGGUGUCCUCAUCUUUGCCACUAUGAUCUACUAUGCUGAACGAAUUGGCGCUGACCCAGAUGACCCAACAGCCAGCGCCCACACCAACUUCAAGAACAUUCCUAUUGGAUUUUGGUGGGCCGUUGUGACCAUGACAACUCUGGGCUAUGGAGAUAUGUACCCGGAGACGUGGUCAGGAAUGCUGGUGGGUGCGCUGUGUGCCUUGGCUGGUGUGCUCACCAUUGCUAUGCCUGUACCUGUAAUUGUCAACAACUUCGGCAUGUACUACUCCCUGGCCAUGGCCAAACAAAAGCUGCCCAAAAAGAAGAACAAACAUAUCCCACGAGCCCCCCAACCAGGGUCCCCCAACUACUGCAAGCCAGACGCCCUGGCUAUGGCUACUGCAUCACCGCAAAGGCUCUUGGGAAAUGUCCUGGGUGGAGUGAUGGGAUCUGGAGGCAUAGGGGGUGACUGUCCUCUUGCCCAAGAAGAAAUAAUAGAGAUUAACAGAGAUUCUAAGCAGAACGGUGAUGCAGCCUCGGCCGCCCUGGCCAACGAGGACUGCCCCACCAUCGACCAGGUGCUGAGCCCAGACGAGAGGAGCCCUAUUGGGCGCGGUCCUACCCGGGAACGCUACCAGCAGGACCGCGCCUGCUUCCUGCUCAACACCAGGGAGUUUCGUGCCACAGAUGGGAAUGUGCGGAAAGAGGCAGCAGCCCUGGCAGCCAGCCCAGACUCCCCUCUGACUGAGGAUUGGUAUAAGAUGGAAGGGUCUCUGUUACAGCAGGACCUCAAUGCAAACUCCACCUCCUCCUGGAUCAAACCAUAGACCAGAGUGUUAAGUUUCUAGCAUUCGCCUUCUCUCUAAUGAGGAGUCAGUAAGCGGUAAACACAAAUUUGCGGCGGGAGCCACGUAAGCAACAGGUGUGACACGGCUGGACAGUUUAAAGGAGAUUUUUGGGGUGACAAGAGGGAGACCAGAGGUUAAUCACGAAUUAAAAAAGUCUUAUGGUCUGCUCCUCACGUUGUUACCAAAGCAGCCUCUUGGAACUCCAUUUACGACUACAUUUUUGACAACUGUCUGACUGACCUUUUUCCCCCCUCCCUUUUUUUCGGCUAACAGACUGAGCAUUGCACUGACACACUCUGGGAGAGACGAGGACUCCUGAUUACACAUUCCAGAUGAAAUAUCUCUGACAACAUUAUACUCGCCAUCUUGUACGAUGACCAACUCGGUACCAUCUACAGUGCUGAACAACUGAGCAACUUCACAAGUUUCAGAAAAAAAAAACAACAAAAAAAAACCCACACAUGCACUUGUCUUCAUGAAGGACUGAAUGAACAAUGUAGCAUCUCUGCUAACAUACUGUAGCAUUUGUUGGCUGGGAAAUAACUUGACUUAAUCCAUCAAGAGUUCAAAGAGAGAGGAAUUUAUGCAUUCAAAGGAUCUUUUAGAUGUCAUUUUCCUCCUGGGUUCCUUUGAAGUGAAGAAAAAUAUAGAGUACAUGAGAGACAAAGGAUUGGUUUUUCUCAUUAAAUCCCUUGACAUUUGAAAACAAAAAGAAAAAAGAAAAUACAGACAGUGCAUAUGAAAUCGAUUACAAAUGCAGAGUAUUUACCAACACCCAUUCUAUAGUCCCUCAUUCAAGUUUAGUACUUGUGCAGCAUGAUCGCCACUGAACCUAUGUCUUCCAUUCACUGCUAUCAGACUGAAACACUGCCCUUUUCACAAGUACUGAGAUAAUAAAAACAGCACUAACUAUGAAGUUAAACAAAUGAAGCACAUGUAGCAUUAGCUCAAACUUGUUAGCACUUACUGCUCAUUUAGACUCAACUGAAACCAUAAGGAAAAACUGGUGGAAAAAGACUUAUCUUUAUCUCUCAUGUACUGCCAUGGGCUUACCCAGAAAUCCACGUGGGAUACCAAAGGUCCUGUAGCAUGCACUUGCUGAAUGACCUUCUGUAUUGUACAGUCGAUUAGGAGAACUAUUCCAUUUUGGAUGAGGUUUGUACUCAUCCUUAUACUGGCUGUUGUCUCUGUUUGCUACAGUCAUUACUCUAAAAGUACUCAGUCCUUUAACUGCCACUGGAAUCCCAUCCCCAUAUGCACAUUUCAAAUAUUACAAGUAUUUUUCACAAGUCUGACUGACAUAGUGCUGUCAUGAGGAGCAAAAAGACUGACUAAAGGAGACAAAAGUCCCAGAGACGAUUGUCUAUCUUCAGUAUCGAGGGAUAUUGGCCUGCCUAUUAGAUGUAAUUACAAUGAAAAGACCAUUCCUACCACAAGAACACUUUACAUCACAUAAUCCAUUAGCUGGAAAGUCUGUGUUGUCAUUUUUUAAAGGGACCAAUCAGAUAAAAGUUAACCCUAACACAAAGGCGACACUGCCAAUUAGGCACAAGAAUUCCCAGAUGAAUACUGCCCCAUCUCUCUCUCUCUCUCGUCCAUCUUGCCGCCAACGACUGCCUCACAGGCAAGUCAAUGUCAAGCAAAGGAUGGCCCAUCAGGGGAACCUUGGGAGAACAGGAGAAUGAGAAGAAAUGGACCAAGAGUAGAGCAAGUGUGGAAGUGUACAAAUAGAACAAAUCUAUAUUUUGAUAAACAAAUCAACUAUCCAUGGCUUUGGAGGAGUUUUAUGUCUGGUCCAGAAUGGAAGAAAGAAAAAAAAAUCAGAUGCAAAUGUUAGAAAAAUAGAAAAUUUGGCAUCAUGAAAUGCAAUUAAAACCCUGGAAAACAAUGAGAAGUGAAUAUUUUGUCGUGGUGCGUGGAUGAAGUUGUUUUCCCCAAAAGCAUCGGCAAAAUGCUUUUCUGAAAGACUGAGCAAUGACAGACUCUUGCCUACAAAGACACAGGGAUGACAAAGGAUGGACGCUGAGAUAAACAAAUGAGAAAAAAAGAUAAUGCAUUUUUGUAACUUUGUUUACCAGCAUGACUACUUUGCAUGACUGUCUUUUCUGCAAGCCCUUAGUUAAAAGACGAGGGUGCUAGAGAUACAAAAAAAGUAUAUAUAAAAUGAAUUAAAAAAAUGUUAUAUGCAAUUAAUGUUUUAAAAAAGAUUAUAAUGAAAGAGAAGAGCUAUAUUUUGUUUUGAAAAGUAAAAAAAAAAUGUGAAUAUUGAAACAUGUAUGUUUGCAAAGUACCUGAACUAUGUUUUGUUUGAUGAAAUCUCUCUGCUACUACUGCCCUACAUUCCUCAUUCCAGUCUUUUUGACCACUUCCAUAGUUUUACUUUGUUAUGCAUUGAGCGGUACAUUUUCCAACCAUUCGAUCAAUAGCGAUCAUUCAAGACUUUGCCAAAUUAUAGCAUUUGCGCAAAGGAUGUUUAUUGUUAAAAGUCUAUGUUUUCCUCCUUGAAUCAUUUGCACAACUACCGUAGCAGCAGCAGUAACAGCAGCAGCAGUUCUAAAACAACAGCUCUCCAUACUACAACUUUGACUGCUUGAUUAGUGCUCAUAAUUAGCUUUUUUUUUUUUUUUUUUUGGCAAUAAUACACGUCUUGUCUCAUGAUUGUAGCAGGGCAAAUGGAGAACCUCGAGAGUAUCUUUACCGCCUCAGUGUUAAAGAGAUUCAUAAAGGCCUUGGCUGACCCAUGGCAGGAUUUUGCUGGGAUAGGCAGUUCUGUUCCACUAGUCCGAAGUAGAAAAAUGGGAGUACAAGUGCAGGUUUUCCAAUAAAAACCAUUAACAGGCUAUGAAAUUUCCUACAUGGAUGAACAAUCAAGAGAGAUUUCAGGUUUGCAUGGAACCAACUGCCAUUCCAAAGUUUGUGUGUGGUUUAAAGGACUCAGGUGUGUCGAUGGUGUGUGUGGAUGUAGGUGUUUUGCUAUUUUCAUUCUAACAUAAUAAAUUCUAGUAUAUAGACGACGAUAAUGUGAACACCUCACAGUGAUGUGUAAAAAAACGCAUGCGUUGUAACUUGAUAAUCUCUCGAGGAGGGGAGCAGAGUCUUGACACAUCCCCUUCAGUCUCCCGUCAUUGUUUGUCAUGAAUCCAGUCUUGAUAACGAUGAACACUGUGCCGUGUCGCAGAGCAGAAACGUCUUCCUCUGAGAGGCAACCGAAAACUACUCACACUCACAGUGACAGCAUGAGUGUGUAGAGGUAGCUCAUCUUCGUUUUUUUAGAUGAUCAGGUUUUUGCAUCUGUCAUUACUCAUGGAGAUAGCGUCAUCCAGCUGGCUAGUUGGCAGCUCAUUACAGCACACAAACACAGACGUGAGCACCAAUCAAAGAGACCCAGAGCUUCCAAAAUGAUGUCAGUUAAGUACUAGUAAGUGUUGCAAGACAGAGAGAAUGAGAGAUACCAGUGUCCACCAAGGGGAGAUUGAUGUGAAAAAAAGAAGUCUUGCUGAAAAAUCAUCUCACUGUUGAGUGCUCUCAAAAGAGCGCAUCUACCUUGGUUUGGUAUUCAAAGUGAGUUUCAGGCCCUGCUGGUCCAGGGCUCAGCUCAGGCAGCUGAAUGGUCCUCUGUCUGUUCCUAGCACAUUACAUUUGGAGGUUCACCAGAAUAUGAGACUCAGUUGUGUGAUGUAGACUACAUAGACUAUUCAAGGUUUUACAGGUUGUAGAAACUUCUGUCUAUUUGUAAAAAAAAAAAAAAAAUGUUCCAUGGGAUUUUGUUUUGGUCCCGUAUCUUUUUAAAACUCCCAAUUUCAGUUCCCUUUUUGGAAGGCAUUAAGCAACUAUGGCUUUGAUGGUCACAAAGAUGUUUAUGAAUAUUUCAGAGGUUAACUUCUAGCAAUGGUGUGCACACUUGCAAAAACUUUGUGCUUCACCCAGCUGCUUGCGUUUUCAUAGCCAAGUACUGUCUUUUUCUUUCUUUCUUUCUUUCUUUAUGUUUAUUGUUAAGUUUGCCAUUUCUUCAUUCUCUACAUUGUGAUUACUCUGCCAAACCAGGCUGAAAAAGAUGUCUUUCCUUUUCUAUUGCGUAAUACUGCCAUUUGAUUUAGUCAUGUUGAAAAGAAUUACAAUGUUGAGAGUGCUAAGUCUGUUUUAUUUUCUCAAUCUCUUUUCUGCAUCUUGUUACAAAAUGUAUAUGAUUUCAUGUGUACCUGCCACUCACAUAACCAAAAUAACAAAGAUGCUUUGUAUGGUAAGUAGGUGCCACUUUUAAACGGCUAAUGUUGUAACAAUAUUAUGACAUGCCCUCUCCAGGUAUACGGAAAGCGUUAGGUGGUCCUUGGAUGACAUCCACUAUUAUAUCCAAUUUUAUUUCUUUAUGUGCCUGUUUCUGUUGAAUAGACUUUCUGUUUUUCUUUUAUUCUUCAUUAAGGACAUAGUAUGCAAUCUGCACCACGAAUGCCACUGAUUGACACUUACUGUAUGCUCCCUGAGAUGCAGAUGUUCUGUCAUCAGUUCAGUUGAGUGCAACCACAUGUAGUGGCUUUAUGGUUUUCCAUAGAGUGACUUAGCAAUCGCACUAACCUAAAAAAAAAAUUUUAUUUUACAACAAUUAAAAGACGAGAGUCAUUUUAGAGGAAAUAUUACCGUUCUGAAAAGAAUUUUCUAAUACAUUUAUGAUUAACAUUUAUGAUCUCAUUUUAUUUUGAAAGAAUCUAACAAACAUCAUAAUAUCAUAUCAAUAUAUCUAAUAUUAUAGAUUAACAUCAUUUAUGUAAGCAUUCCAAAGAUAAAAGUUUUAUGUUCAUUUUACAUGUCAUCAAAUUGUAUAAAACAGACUUAGGUACUAGUCCAUUGUACUACGGUCUUAGUAGGAGAGUGAAUGGGGAGGAGGUGGUCACUGGAGUAUCUGGUUGGGACUUAUGCCGGAUUUUAUUUUUGAAAUGUUGGAACACAAAGAGCAACUCAUCAAGAACUGUAUAAAGUCUAUUUCAACGGAAUGUUCAUGAUCUAUCUUUUUAUAUUUUGAAGAAAAAAUAGAAACAUAUCAAUAAAGUGUCAUAAUUGAACAUAUUUCUACUAUUGAGACUUAAAGUGUAUGAAUGUCAACGCGACCUAAUGUGAACCAAUCUCCAUAGCAGCUUGAAUGAACAACUGAUUAAAAGUCAUGAGAUGCUUUUUCAGAGACAUUAAAACUGCUUAAAAUCAUUGAAAUGAACUUAAAAUAAAUGAAAAAAGUGACAUGAA